AGACGCUGCUGUCCUCAAAUAUGACAAAGUAAAAAUCCUUUUUCAGAUCCAAGAAGAAACAUUACUGACCCAAACGCUACAAAGUCCCCGUUUACGGUGUUUACGCGUUAAAUAUUCUGGUUUUGCGCUGAGAUUUUGUCCGUCUUGAGAAUUUGUGCAGGAUACAGCAGCCCCUCCCUCAAAUUCGCCUCAGCAUCCAUCUAGAGGAUUUUUUUAUUGCAUCCAUCGAGAGGAUGCGAGCUGAAUCACCUGCCACAAACGUCAUCACGCAACGUCCCAAGUGGGAGGUGGUCGCUCUUAAAGCUCCUCCCACUCAAUUAUGUUAAUGAGGCUACUGCUGUGAAAACGACAUGCUGUGCUCAAAACAAAAUAUUUACAUAAUGAUUAGUCUAAAACACCCAACUUCUUAUAUGUAGUCUAUUAUUGUAUUUUAUCAAAUUUAUAAAUUUUAUAAUUCAUUUUAAAAGCAAUAACAAAGAUUUCGUGCAUUUACAAAGUUGUUACGUUUUUCCACGUGAUAACUAUUUCCACCACAUAAUUAAACAUACACACAAAUAAUCAUUAAAAAAUAUCAUUAAUAGUAAAAAUAAUAACAAAUAUGAAUGUGAUAUUGUAGUUUGACUCUACUUUGACUCUAUCUUUUUUUAUAAAGUCCAAUAAAAAUAUAUAAAACAAUGACCUAAUACAGAAGAAAAUACUAUAAACCAAAAAAUCUGACAACUACUGUAUAGGCAAAAUGCAUACUGUACACUUAGCAGAGGGAUUUUUUUUAAAAAUAACUUUAAUCAGUAAGUCAUUGACAAACAUUUAAAAAAAUUCAGGCAACCUAAAGUGUGAUUAAUUUGGUGUUGAGUAAAAUUUAUUUAUUACUCUAAAAUACUCUAUGUCAGCAUUAGUUAUGUAUAAGGGUCAAGUAGAAAUAGCGUGUAAGAUAACUACAGCAUGUUGUAACUUUUUAAAUGUUUGGUAAGUGAAUAUAAAGGUUGUUAAUCUUUAUCAUGUAAUAGAUCUAAUAGAUCAAAGCAUGCAAAACAUCGAGUUUGCAUCAUGCACAGUAGUCCUCAAUUUCUGACUUAAUGCAGAUUGACACCAUGAGUAUGACAGGCAGUGGCGUUGCACAAGAUAUUGGGCCCCAUGCCCCACCCUAUAAUAUAUUCCAGACUUUUCAACGGCCCUCUCUUCCUUUGGGGCCCUGGUAAUCAGUACUGGUUUUACCCCCAGUCCGACGCCCCUGAUGACAGGGCUGUGUGUAAAGUAUAGUAAAACCACAUUAUUUAUUUUUACAUGAAUAAUUUUUAAUGUCAUUUUGUCCAGCUCAUUGCCUCUGGAGUCAAAGGUCUCACUAGUGUACUCUUAGGUAAUAACCCUAUUAAAUGGAGUGAAUGAUCAGAUAAGUAAGUAGAUGAAAGAAGGAAGGUAGCAGACCAAGACAUGGUACCAGACUUUGACCUCAGACUGAAGAUCCCUGCGCUCUGCUGAUCUCUCUUCGGCUCUUGGCGUCUUCGUGAGGUCUGGUUCAGCCAUGAAGAUUGAUUUUGCUCCAUCCAAUUUGCCUAUUGUUAGGAGGCUCCAGACUGCGGUCGUAUUGUUAUGGAUCUUCUCUUUUCUGGCCCUUGCCCCCCUUUGUGUAGUAUUGUUCCUCUGCUUGCUGUUCACACGAUUUUGGCUCAUCAGUGCGCUCUAUGCUAUCUGGUGGUAUGUCGACUGGGACACGCCCUCAAGAGGAGGUAGAAAGGUGCAGGUACUCUGCAAAAUGCGCAUGUGGGAGCACAUGAGGGAUUAUUUUCCCAUAAAGCUGGUGAAGACCGCUGAUUUGGACCCAAGACAAAACUAUGUGCUGGGUUUUCAUCCUCAUGGUAUUCUUGUCGCUGGUGCUUUUACAAAUUUCUGCACAGAGGCCACGGGUUUCAGUAAACUUUUCCCCGGACUAAAGAGAAAUCUCCUGAUGCUUCCUCUCUGGUUCAGAGCUCCAUUCUUCAGGGAUUACAUUAUGAGUGCAGGUCUCGUUCCAUCGGAUAAGGAGAGUGCCAGCUACCUACUCCAAAGCAAGGGGGUUGGGAACGCUGUGGUCAUUGCAGUUGGCGGUGCUCCCGAGGCUUUGGAUGCCCGCCCUGGUGUCUACAUCGUUCACUUAGCCAAUAAAAAGGGCUUUGUUAAGUUUGCAAUAGAGCACGGGGCCCAUUUGGUUCCUGUAUAUUCAUUUGGAGAGAAUGAGGUAUUUGAUCAGGUGGAGAAUCCUCGUGGAACAUGGCUGCGGUAUAUUCAAGAGCGCCUGCAAAGAAUCAUGGGAGUUUCGCUUCCGCUUUUUCAUGCACGUGGAGUUUUCCAGUACAGCUUUGGCCUAAUGCCCUACAGAAAGCCAAUCAAUACUGUUGUGGGUCGGCCAAUCAAGGUAGAGAAAAAGGAGAAACCCAGCGCAGAAGAUCUGGACAAUGUUCAUCAACUCUACAUGGAUGAACUUGCACAGCUGUUUGAAGAACACAAAAGAAACUAUGGAGUACCUGAAGACUCUCACCUGGUGUUUCAAUGACCUUGCGGCAUCACUAAAAUAGAUAGACUUGGAUCUCGUAUCCCGAGCUUUCCCAAUGCAACGGUCAGCUUCGUUUCACAAUGCACAUGCAUUGAAGGACAAAUUUCUUCACAACCAUGAUGGUUACGCAGACAAUAGCCACAGGCUGCCAAGAUGUCCACACCAGUAAAACCCAUUUCAAAGACAUGAGAGUUAUGAGUGGAUGAGAAACUUAAUAUCAUGGGUUUUAUUAUAGUACAAAUAUUAUAUGUGAAUAUUGGGUAAGAGGUAGAGCCUGCAAUUAAGUAUAGAAGAAAAUAAAAUGGUCUGAUUCGUGAAUGGUGGUUUUUAGGGGGAGGUAAGGGGGGUUUUACUUACCUUGAAUUUUUGGCUCUUGGACGGACAGGUGUUGACUCAUGUGUCCCAUGCCCUGUGAUAACAACCUGAGGGGCUAUUUAAAGUUGCCAGAAGGUGAAUGAAAGGCCAUCGGCUAGAUUUGUGUGGCCGGUACAACUUGUAUUAAACCUGGAAUGUUUCUUAAUUCAUUCCAGUAAUUCAAAGGGAAUUAUAAUAAUUUACAAUAUACAUUAUUUAAAUGAUUAGAGCUGUAUAAAGUUCACAGUUAAUUGCAUUAGUACACUUUAUAGGGAGGUUGUAAAGUGGGGCAUGUGUAAAUACUUAUAGUUUGCAUAUAUGUGCCAGGGUGUGGGUGUGUGUACGUCUUAAACAUGCAGAUGUUUUCGAGAGACUGGGGAAUUUGCUCUAUGCUUUGCUCUAUGUACUUUAAACCUGUUAUGAUUCUCAUUUUGAUGUUCAUCUGAUCUAUUAUUGUUCAUUACUUUUCCGAACAAAGUCCAAAGAACAAAGGGCAAAGUACAAGCCAGCCAGAUGCUUGGUACGGUUUUUAUCAACUACACCUUAUCUCCAUUUAACACUAUUGCUUUAAAAACAAGCAAUGUGGAUAACUACUAUAUUUUUAAAAAACUACACUGCACAUAUCUGUACUCAUUUCUGAUAUUGCACUGUUGAUGAAAAGAAUAAAACAAAAGAUCAAAGAAGGAAGAAACAA